UUAGGAGCAGCUCACUGGUCCAUGGACCUUUGUGAUCUCCACGUGCACGCAGCAGAGCAUCUCCAGCGUGACCAUGAAGGGGAACCACUGGGGCUAUGGGCAAGAGAACGGUCCAGAUGUAUGGCAUAAAAACUAUCCAGUGGCUCUAGGAAGUCGCCAGUCUCCCAUUGAUAUCCCCCGCCAAGUUUCACAUGACCCAAGCUUGGGGCCGAUCGUGCUCGACUACGAUCACUGCACCUCCAUCAACAUCUCCAACAAUGGACAUUCAGUAGUGGUAUACUUUGACGACACAGAUGACCGAUCCGUGAUCCAUGGAGGGCCCCUUGAAAACCCCUAUAGGCUCAAACAGUUUCACUUCCACUGGGGUGGAAAGGGAUGUGACGGCUCUGAGCACACGGUCGCAGGAAAUAGCUAUGCGUCUGAGCUUCACUUGGUGCAUUGGAACGCUGUCAAAUACAAGUCAUUCGAUCACGCGGCUGCAGCUCCUGAUGGUCUCGCUGUUGUUGGCAUAUUUUUAGAAACAGGUGAUGACCACAGGUGGCUUCACACAAUUACAGACGCAAUGUACAUGGUGAAGUAUAAGGGCAGUGUAACAGACUUCAAGGGUUUCAAUCCAAAGUGCCUUUUACCCAGCAGCCUCCACUACUGGACCUACCUGGGCUCCCUGACCACGCCUCCUCUCCAUGAAAGUGUGACUUGGAUUUUGCUUAAAGAUCCGAUUGCUGUAUCAGAAAAACAGCUGGGCAAAUUCAGAUUGCUGCAGUUCACUGGAGAGGAAGAGGACCAGAGGUCACGGAUGGAGAACAACUUCAGACCUCCUCAGCCUCUGAAAGGUCGAAGGAUCCGCUCGUCCAACUGACGCCCUGACACAAGCUUCAGACUGAACAAAACACUGGUGUGGGAUAUGUUUACACUGCACUGAAAAAGGAGAUUGUAUUAUUCAUUUUUACUAAUCAUCAUCAUUUCAUCACUUUAAAUGAUACAGUAAUAAUAAGUAAACAAUGAUUCUGAGGUUGAAUGUUAUGUAGAAGGAAGUGAAAAUGUUUUUUUUUUUCUUGAGACGUAACAUGCAUCAAAAUAUGUGAUGUCAUAUUUUAUGUGCCGCCUGUUGCCCCGGCGACCGGGCCCCGGAUAAGCGGAAGAAAAUGGAUGGAUGGCAUAUUUUAUAUUUGGUUGUACUUUAUUCAUAAAAUAUCAUUAACAAUGUGAAGCACAGAGGUUUCUCCACACUUGCGUCUGUAAACACAUGUGGACGCUGCCUUCAGCUGAUCCCUUGAUCCUCUGGACAUUCAGACUAUCGCUGGAGGAUUCCUGGUCCAGGUGGACGUGGAUCCCCUCUCCCCGACAAUCCUCAGUGGAGGCCAGAUUAGAUUAGAGCUGCAGUUGUCUCCACUGUUUCAGGGAGGAUGGCAUGUCUGUGGUACUUAAGAGAUCACUGCAGAUAAGUUGUGAUUGUUUUAAUAAUGUUAUUGCUUUUAUUUG